UGUAUCUGUUUGUGUGUGUCUAUGCAUGUACACAAUCAUAUGUGUGCUUGUGCUUCUGGGUGUGACUAUGGCCAUACCUUCGAAGAGGCUGUUUCCUCAUGUUGCAGGAAAGGGUUUCAUUGCACUUCCACCCUUUGCAAGCCCGUGUAAAAGUACACCUUAUGAAUAAGAGACACCUCCCACACCCUCACAACCACCCAUCGUGGGAUGACAUACCCCACUGCCAGACAGAACUAAGCACACACCUGGGCCUGGCCUUUGCAAACACGCUCAGUGUUUUUCCAGGAGGCCUAGAUCAGGUUUGGCGAGAUUUUUUAAGCAAAGAUCACACUGCGUUUUUAUUUCUUUUAGUUUUUUUCGGUUUCUGUCUUUCACUUUCUUUCUGACUUCUGUGAGACGGGAGUUUCUAAUCAGACAAGUGCACUGACGUCCGGCCAGCAUGAACUGGUCUGCGUUGGAGAGCCUCCUCAGCGGGGUCAACAAGUACUCCACCGCCUUUGGCCGCGUCUGGCUCUCCAUGGUCGUCGUCUUCCGCAUUAUGGUCUUUGUGGUGGCCGCCCAGCGGGUGUGGGGUGACGAGAACAAGGACUUCAUCUGCAACACUCGCCAGCCCGGCUGCACCAACAUCUGCUACGACAGCGUCUUCCCCAUCUCCCACAUCCGCCUGUGGGCCCUGCAGCUCAUCUUCGUCACCUGCCCGUCGUUCAUGGUGAUGGCGCACGUCAAGUUCCGCGAGGAGAAGGACCGGAAGUACACUACGACCCACACGGACGGCACGCACCUCUACUCCAACCCAGGGAAGAAGCGUGGCGGCCUGUGGUGGACCUACCUGAUCAGCCUCGUCUUCAAGGCCGGUCUGGACGCAGGCUUCCUCUACAUCCUCUACCGCAUCUACGAGGGUUACGACAUGCCCCGGCUCACCAAAUGCAGCCUGGAGCCGUGCCCCAACACGGUGGACUGCUACAUCUCCCGACCCACCGAGAAGAAGAUCUUUACCCUCUUCAUGGUGGUGACCUCGGCAGUGUGCAUCUUCAUGUGCAUCAUCGAGAUGCUCUAUCUGAUCUGCAAACGAUGCCAAAAAAUUUUCAGGGUCCGGGUCAAUCAUGAGAGGCAGGUUUUUGCUCAGAAUCAUGAGCUGAUUAACCUAGCGCCGCCCCGACCACAGUCCCGAUCACAGUCCCGAGCACAGUGGGUUGACCCCACUAUGACCAGCACCCAGAACCUCAGUAAGGAAAAGAACGGAGAAAUGGCCACCUCUAAAUUGUGACAUAACAAUGGAAGGAAACACAACUUUACAACUAUAAUGUUUACAUGUUGAGUUAUAACUCAAGAUGGUAUAAUUUGUCACAUCUACAUUCUGUUGAACUAGAAAAAUUCUACACUUAAAAUACAGGGAAAAGCGGUUUAAAAAAUCCAAAUAGGGUUAAGGACGCAUCUGUAAAUGUUUAACUUCAUAGCUGAUAUGUAUUGUAUAUGUUAUGUUUGUUUUUUUCACUGUAUAUCUGUGUUUACUCUAUACCUGGCAAAGCACUGUUUCUUGUUUCUGUUUUAUACAUAUUUUGUUAUGUAUGCUGUGUUUACAAUAAGAACACCUGUAAUCCGCUGUGAUAUUUUGAUAGACAAAUCACAAAAUACAAUAGUCAUAGCAUUUUUGGUUUUAUUGUGACACUUAAAUCCCAGAAUAUAUUCAGAUAGAUCACAAAGACUAAAAGUGUAGUUUAUUUCAUAAUAGCACACAUACAAUAACUAUAAUUGAAUUUUACAAUUCUUACAACUAUAAUUGUUUAUUAACUAUAAUUGUUAGUUUGCCAUAUAAUUAGAGUUAGUUUGCCGACAAAUUGUUUUCAUUUGAAAGUUAUUAUUUAUUUAUAGCAUUAUUAGUAUUUAAAAACAAAAGGCUCUUACACUGGUUAUUUAAGAUUAAAUCUGCAUUGUUGU